AUGGAGAUCUUUUCGUAUCCAAGGAAGUAUGUCCUGAUGUUGGCGGUCGCCGUAGCUGUGGUGGCGACACUUGCGACUGCACAGGACACAGAACACGGUUUCACGCCGGAUGUUCUGAGGGCAAAAAGUCGCCAAGAGAACAGUGUGGUUCAGGAGAAGAAGCAGACCGUUUCGCAACCCACUGAACAUGAAAAAAAGACAGCAUCGGCUCCAGGAGAUGAGAAACAGGGCGCGAGUGUCGACUCAAACACAUCAGAAGAUAUCGACCUCCAGCCGAAACAGGAAAUGGUCUCUUUCACCUUCAACCUGCCUAUUAGUUCUCUCGAGGGGGCAGCAGCAGGCGACUUUUUCUUUGGAGACAUGCUCUCCUCCUUCGGUUCCCUGUUCUCCAGACUUUUCUCUGUAGAUGAUUGGGACGACGAAGAGAUCGACAGCAGCAGGAACUCUGUCUCUCCUGCUUCAGCUGGAGUUCCAACAGCUGGCUCUUACGGUUUAGCACCGACUUCGCCGGCAAGCAGUGUGGUCUCGACAUCCGGUGGAUCUCUCUCUUCUUUUGCAAGAGUAUUUGGUGACGCCGAGUCUCACGCGUUUGGCCCUACUGGCCACGAGGAGGGAGAAAGCGUCUACCAAGGGGACGAGGCAUUCCUUCCGUUCCUGACUUCGGCGUACCUUCUUCCUGGUGUGCAAAGUCUUCUGAGCAGUAUGAUGAUGGUUCCAUUUUCUGAUGCAUUCUCCGUCAGCUUCGAAAACGGAGUACCCAAAGCAGCCGGAGCAAAUGGAGCAGGGGGGAAAGAGGAUGGAGCCAGUUUCGGCAUCAUAAAUCUCUUUUCGAACCUGAUGCAAGCUUCCCCGGAAAGCCUGGUCGGACCAGAGAUUUUGUCACACAUAACAGACGAGAACUGUCUAUUUGAAGUCGACCUUCACUCGCUCCCAGAAACAGCUUCGAUCACAGUAGGGGUAGAGGGCGACGCAGUUUUCGUCGAAUAUUCCAACACCUUUUCGGAAACUAGUGACGUGGCCGCGGCUGACGAUACAGACGAAUCCGAUUUCGAGGAACCUACGGCUGACCUCUCCGGCAAAACUGACAAAAGUGACAGCAAAGGUGAGGGGAAAGGCCCAGAGGAAAGUAUUACCGCAGAAGCAUUGUCAGAGGCGACCGGGGCGCAGCAAAGUGAACCUCUAGGCAAAGCGGACAAGAAGGCUUCCCGGCAAAACUUGAGAGGCACAGUGGGUGCAGCAGCCAAUGUUUACUCGUACGAACGAUUCGUAAUUGACCCUGUAUGCGAUUACGAGAGUGCCGAUGCAAGAGCAGCGAGGGUCGAAGAUGACCUACUUAUGAUCAAAUUCCCUCUCAAAAAGGCACACAAACAGCAGACAAGAGACCGCCAAGACAAUGAGAGGAAAAACCCAAAACAAAGCGAUGAGAAAAAGGCAGCGGACCGUUUGAGCAGCAACACUGAGAACGUGUCUGAUCCUCAGAUUCUCAGCCACGAGGCAGAAAAGAAGACGGAAGACACUAACAAAGAAACGACGUCGCAGAAAAAGGAAGAACACAAAGUUGACGCCGAGGCGGAGCAAGUCCUCCAGAGCAACCGACACAACAGCGCACCGAAGCGGCUCGUGGAGGUCUCGAGGCUUCAGUCAAGCCACCCGCGACGAAGAAUCUUGCCAUUGGUGGCGGCACAAGAAUUUUAGAAAUGAGUCUAAAUUCAAAUUGUAGGACUGGCGAAGAAGGACCCUAGCUAAAGGUCGACCUGUCGUUCGUACCCUGUCAACAGCCGCACUUGAGCUUCUCACGGGAAAAACUCGGUGUCUGAUAACGAGGUUGUAGAUUAAAACAAGAAUCCGCUGGUGGUGUGGCACACCGAAAUGUUUCGGAUACUACUUGACAAACAGUAUUGAUGCAUAUGCUAAUGCAUGUGAUUAUCUGUGUGCAUGUAUUUACGGGGUGGUGUGUGUAUAUGUACAUACACGCAUAUAUGCACAUACACACAACUAUUUACGUCGAUACCUCAAUAUGGAUUUCUGCGUAUACAUACAUAUAUUUAUACAUGAACGAGUGUGUUUAUCGCUUAGAAACGGAACUGCCAAUGGAACGGGAAACUAAUGAAAAGAUGUGCUGC